CAUUUUGGAGCGACCUGAGCGCCGCUAGCGCCCCGAGCCGGUUCCGAGCCGCCGGCGGGCCCGCGCCGUGUCGGUGGGCGCCGUGUCCGUAGGCGCCGCGCCUGGCCGGGCCCAUGUGCGUGCGGUCCGCACCAGGCCGCUCGGGCUUUGCCUCCGCCAGCGCCGUGGCCUCCACCCAGGCCUCCGAGGAGCCGCCGCGACGCCCGGCCCGCCGGGCAGGUAUUACACCACCCCCCAAAAUCCCAAGACAACCAUUGUCCUGAUGUCUACAGAUAUUUUUAUUAUAUUUAACCACAAAGCAUUUGACCCAGAGCCUGAGGAAAAGCUAAGCCUGGUGGUGGUUUCCAUUAUUGGGCUUGACAAGGCUUCCCUUCCUGGAACGUCAGUUUCCCCAUGUGUAGAAUGUGCUGCCUGUUUUUUUUUUAAUGGUGAAGAGAUUAUAAAUCGUCUUCUGAAUGAAAACAUUUUUCUUAAAGUUGCAUAUACUCCAAGGAAACACUGCAAAUGUUUUUAUGUUUUGCCUGAGUACAAAAUUUAAACAAGACGUUUCCACAGAAGUUCUGUGGCCGUCACCAUGUUCUGGAAGUUUGACUUGAACACCACAUCCCAUGUCGACAAGCUGCUGGAUAAGGAGGACGUGACCCUGCGUGAGUUAAUGGACGAAGAUGACAUCUUGCAGGAGUGCAAGGCUCAGAACCGGAAGUUGCUGGACUUCCUGUGCAGGCAGCAGUGUAUGGAGGAGCUGGUGAGCCUCAUCACACAGGACCCGCCCCUGGACAUGGAAGAGAAGGUCCGCUUCAAGUACCCAAACACGGCCUGUGAGCUGCUGACGUGUGACGUGCCACAGGUCAACGACAGACUGGGAGGGGACGAGACUUUGCUGAACCUUCUUUACGACUUCUUGGACCGUGAGCCGCCCCUCAAUCCUCUGCUCGCCAGUUUCUUCAGCAAGACCAUUGGCAACCUCAUUGCCAGGAAGACUGAGCAGGUGACCGUGUUCCUGCGGAAGAAGGACGGGUUCGUCAGCCUGGUGCUGCGGCACCUCGGCACCUCGGCUCUCAUGGACCUACUGCUGCGCCUGGUCAGCUGCGUGGAGCCAGCCGGACUCCGGCAGGAAGUCCUGCACUGGCUCAAUGAAGAGAAGAUCAUCCAGAGACUCGUAGAAUUGAUCCAUCCGAGUCAGGAUGAAGACAGGCAGUCCAAUGCUUCCCAGACCCUCUGUGACAUCAUCCGGCUGGGCAGAGAGCAGGGCGGCCAGCUGCAAGAGGCUGCAGAGCCCGACCCCCUCCUCGCAGUGCUGGAGUCGCAGGACUGUGUGGAGCAGCUUCUGAGGAACAUGUUCGAUGGGGACCAGACUGAGAGCUGCCUCGUCAGUGGGACGCAGGUGUUACUCACCUUGUUGGAAGUCAGGCGGGCUGGGACAGAGGGCUUGGCGGAGUCCUUUUCUCAGGGGCUGGAGAGAUGGUGCUCUGUCAGCGGCAGCAUUCUGCACGGCAUCGAGCCGCGGCUGAAGGACUUCCACCAGCUUCUGCUCAGCCCACCAAAGAAAAAAGCGAUCCUGACCACCAUCGGCGUGCUGGAGGAGCCCCUGGGGAACGCCCGUCUGCAUGGUGCCCGCCUCAUGGCCGCACUGCUGCACACGAACACGCCCAGCAUCAACCAGGAGCUCUGCCGGCUCAACACCAUGGGCUUACUGCUGGACCUAUUCUUCAAAUACACCUGGAAUAACUUCCUGCACUUCCAAGUGGAGCUGUGCGUAGCUGCUAUUCUCUCCCAUGCCGUCUGCGAGGACAGGCCCGAAGCCAGCGGAUCCGAGAGCGGGAUGGAGCCUCCGCCUGGGGACGGGGCCGCAGAGACCCCCCGGCCUGCUGCCGGCCACCCCGAGAACACAAUGGUGACGCACCUGUUUCAGAAGUGCUGCCUGGUCCAGAGGAUCCUGGAAGCCUGGGAAGCCAACGACCACACACAGGCUGCCGGAGGCAUGAGGCGUGGGAACAUGGGCCACCUUACGCGGAUCGCCAACGCGGUGGUACGGAACCUGGAGCGGGGCCCCGCGCACACGCCUGUCGGAGAGGUCAUCCGAGGGCUCCCUGCGGACUGCCGUGGGCGCUGGGAGAGCUUCGUGGAGGAGACGCUGACGGAGACCAACCGCAGGAAUGCCGUGGACCUGGUAAGCACCCACCACCUCCACCCCUCGAGUGACGAUGAGGACAUGGAGGGCGCUUUCCCUAACGAGCUGUCCCUGCAGCAGGCUUUCUCCGAGUACCAGGUCCAGCAGAUGACGGCCACCUUCGUGGACCAGUUUGGCUUCAAUGAUGAGGAGUUUGCAGAGCAGGACGACAGCGUCAAUGCCCCGUUUGACAGGAUCACAGAGAUAAACUUCAACAUCGACGCCGAUGAGGACAGCCCCAGCGCGGCUCUGUUUGAGGCCUGCUGUGGGGACCACAUCCAGCCCUUUGACGAUGACGAGGACGAUGACAUCUGGGAGGACCAGGACACGCGCUGUGCUGCCCGGGUGACGGCCAGAGCCAGGUUUGGGGGCCCUCAUGCCUCAGAGAAUGGCCUGGCGCGUGGAGGCCGGGACGGGGAGGAGGCAGACGCGGGUGCGGCUCGGGUGGCGGCCUCUCCAGCUGCUGCCCAGAAGGAAGUUCCCCGCGUGGACAGUGGCUCAGAAGGCACGUGGACGGUGUUUGAUGAGCCGGUGAGCCCCACGGCUUCGGCCCCCGGAGUGGCGAUGGAUGUGGGUUCCAGUGUGUGGGCAGCCAGCGCCCCCAGCACCUCGGCUCUGGAGGAGAAGGGCUGGGCCAAGUUUACCGACUUCCAGCCUUUCUGCUGCUCUGAGUCGGGGCCCAGGUGCAGCUCCCCAGUGGACACAGGCCUCGGCGAUGCCCAGGACGGCCUGAACCAGGGCCCAGAGAAAACCUUUGGCCCUGCCUCCCCGUGUGCCUGGAACGUGUGUGUGUCCAGGAACGCCUCUCUGGUGGCUUCCGACAGUGACGAGGACAAGCAGAAGGUGGCUGUCACCUCAGAGGCUGUCAGUAUGGGUCCCGGCCGGGAGACCCCCCCACUGCCCACAUCUGUCCCCAGGGCCCCGCACGCUGCCAGCGCACCACCAGACCCCGCCUCUCCUGCACCUGCAGAAGCCACCUCCGCCCUGCCCAUGGCUGUCUCCCCCGAGGCAGCCACCACAGUACGGAGCAAGGUCAGUCCUGCUCCAGCCACUCCAGCAGUGUCUGUGUUGGUGGUGUCAGUGACCUCAAUGCCUGUGGUGGCCGUCACCACCACAGCCCCAGCCACCCCAGCCCCAGCCAGUCCAGCCGUCUCUACAGUGGCUGCCCCAGGGACAGGGACAAAAGACAGGUGAGCAGAGCAGGCUGGGGAAAGGGGA